AUUCCCGUCUCUAGCCUUCUGAUUUUAUUCCGCCCUCUCGAUUGUAGAAAGCAGUCUGUGUCCUGAAGUUCCAUCAGCUGGAAGCGGCAGAGGCAGCACUGGUGUGCCCUGGAGUCCCAAGGAUGUCGUCUUUCCUGGACAAGUGGCUGUGGCAUCAUGAGUAUUGGCUUCCUCCAGGAAUCACAUGGAAAGAUAUGGAAGAUUCAGAUCAUGACCGAUAUCCACGGCCUCGUGACCUUUUCAUCUCGAUCCCAUACGCAUUUGUGUUUAUUGCUGUCCGUUAUCUGUUUGAAAGGUUGAUUGCUUUGCCUCUGAGCAAGCAGAUGGGUGUGAAGGAGAAACCCAGAAAGAGAGCCUCUCCUAAGCCGACCUUGGAGAAGGUGUAUACGUCGCAGAGCACAUGUCCGAAAGAGAAUGAACUCCUUGCCCUUUCCAAGCAUUGCGACCUCUCUGUCCAGGAGUUAAAGGUUUGGUUUCGGCACCGAAGAAAUCAGGACCGACCUAGCAUCUCUCAGAAAUUCUGCGAAGCCAGUUGGAGGUUUGCGUUUUACCUGCUUGCUUUUGUUGCUGGUCUCUGUGUGCUCCUUGAUAAACCGUGGUUUUGGGAUCAAAAGGAAUGCUGGAAAGGAUACCCUCAGCAAGUGUUGCUGCCCUCCCAGUACUGGUACUACAUGAUAGAACUGGCUUUCUACUGGUCCCUCCUCUUCAGAGUCUCAUGGGAUGUGAAGAGGAAAGACUUCAAGGAGCAGAUCGUUCAUCACAUUGCCACAAUCUUUCUGAUUGGUUUCUCCUAUUGUGCAAACUAUAUACGGGUGGGGACACUGGUGAUGCUGGUCCAUGAUGCAUCAGACUAUAUUAUGGAGUGUGCAAAAAUGUUGAACUAUGCAGGAUGGCGCAGGAGUUGUGACGUGCUGUUUGCAGUCUUUGCUGUUGUCUUCCUAAUUACACGACUUAUCAUCUUUCCUAAUGUGGUAAUUUACACCACCUUCUACCACUCCAUGGAGAUUUUCCAGCCCUUCUUUGGUUACUAUUUUUUCAAUAUUCUUCUGAUGGUCCUGCAGCUGUUGCAUAUAUUUUGGGCAUAUCUCAUUCUGCGAAUGGUAGCCAAGUUCAUAUUUCUUGGUAAGAUUGAUAAGGAUGAAAGGAGUGAUGAUGAAGAAAGCGAUGGGACAGAGGAUGAGGAAGAUGAGAGAAUGGAAACAAAGUUUGCAUCAUCCAAUCACAAUGGUGUGCUAAAUAACAUGACAAAUGGGAUGAAGGGCAAAUCAAAUGAAAGGAACAAAUUGCCUAAAGCCAGGUAGCAGGUAGCUACAUCGCUAAGGAUGGAUUGGAAGCUGUUACUCAAAAAAAAUUACUCUGCUUUUUGCUGAUGAAUAUUAACAUCUGCCAGUUUUGAGAUCCACCCUAUACAUUGUGAAAAGAUUCUCCGAGUUGCAGAAUCAACAAGCCAGCGACAAUGGGCCCAUCUCCUUCAUGAACUUUGUUAAACCUCUCAUUUUCCAUUGGUCUUCUGUCUCCUAUCAAAACGUGCCUAACACCAUGUUCUCAAUUCACUGUUGAAACCUUCGUAUGGAUGGAAAAUUUGGGAACUGAUCUAAGUAACCUUUUGAUAUUGAUGGAGUUAUUUAAACAUUUUUAUGGAACUGAACAGUUUUUUAAAAAUUUGCUUUCCUCCCGACUCUUGUAUUCCAGCCCUUUGUGUGAUCAAUUCUCUUGGACCUUCCUGUGUAAUUCUCAAAAUGGACACUAGAUGGUGUGCGUCUAUAGUCUGGGUGGAUUCUUUGGACAAGUUUGAAUAACUGAGGGGGGUACUCCAUGGGACACUAAGGCAUGAAAAUCCAGAUCCCAAUUUAAACUAUUUUUGUCUUAAGCUAAAUAAUUGCAAUGUUUGGUGUUACAAUUUAUUUUUUAUUCAGGAGGCAGAACUGAUGAAUUUAUUUGGUGUUUGAAUGGUUAAUAUUUAACAUCACAUUUUGUGUAUCAGUGGGCUGAAAAAAGGCGUGCUAAAAUUUGAAUUUAGCUUUAGAUUUGAGUAGUUUUUGUUUCGGUUAGUUUUCUGUGAUGCAGUUUGGAAAUGAUCAAAGUGCUGUCAUACAACUGAGAUCCAUUUUGCACCACUUUUGCACUUGGGUUAGCAUGUCCUCACAAAGGAAAGAUGUGUGCUUUGACAGUUUUAAUUCUUGCAAUUCUCCACCUUCCCCCAACCCAAUGGUUUAGGUUGUAGAGAGCCUGAAAUAUGUCAGCACCAGAGGGAUCAUUAUCCCUUACUUCCAGUGCACUGUGGGUAAGAUGGCAUCACAUGGAGAUUACUUUGGCUCAUCAAAAAGAUUAGAAUAUUACAACAUUAGUGUUCCAGUUUCUGUGGCAUUAUCACAGUGUACAUGAGUCUGCCUCCAGAAAUAGCAAAAUUCAGCUAAGAACAGUAAUUCAUAUUUGUGAAAUGAUGCAGUAACACAAUGUCUUCCAGAAAUGAAAUUUUAAGAUGGGGUAUGAUAGAUCACUAUCCCAUGGCAUGUAUGUGUAGGACAUUUGAGUAUACCUGCUGUUUGGUUUCGCCACAUCUAAUCCUCAAAUUGGAUAUCUUCAAGAUGGAAAUUGCAUCCGUUUCUGCAUAUUUUGUAUGUAACCUGCACAAUGGUGUGGGAGAGGACAAUGGGCUCAAAGAAAAUCAUGUUUUAAGUUUGGAAACCCCUGUGACUUUAUGAUCAAUUUUAUAAAAUUAAAUAUUAUCUGAAUUUAGAACAGUAGAUGGCUUGUUGCAGGACAGUUUGAAAAACUUUUUUUGCAAUUAUGAACAAAGCCAAGAACUGCAUGAAAUAUAACAAACGACUGAAAUGAUCCUGUGGAUU